ACGCAGAGCGCAGAGUCGGGUCGUGAUUUGCUGCGCGCGGCCCCCUCUGGCCCCCCUCCCUCUAGCCCCUCCCUCUGGCCCCCCUCCCUCUAGCCCCUCCCUCUGGCCCCCCUCCCUCUAGCCCCCACCCUCGGAGGGGGUAACUUAUUACAGGAGCGCGCGGGCGGAGUCCCGACACAUAACAGCCGUUUGGUUCUACCGGAGCAACGCGGAGUACCGGAGCCGUUAAAUCAGGACACACACACACACAUUAUAUAUAAACUACGGACAUGUCGGCCAACAAGGACAGCGACGGCUGGAGGACGUUCGUGUGGAACUCGGAGAAGAAGGAGUUUCUGGGACGAACGGGCAUCAGUUGGUUGAAGAUCUUCCUGUUCUACGUGAUCUUCUACGGGUGCCUGGCGGGGAUCUUCAUCGGGACCAUCCAGGCCCUGCUGCUCACUCUCAGCAACUACAAGCCCACCUACCAGGACAGGGUGGCCCCCCCAGGGCUGUCUCACACGCCUCGCUCCCUGAAGUCAGAGAUCUCCUUCAGCCUCUCCGACCCGGGGUCCUACAUGAAGUACACGGAAACCGUGGAGAAUUUCCUGGCUAAGUACGACGAGCUGCGCCAGGCCGACCAGAUGAAGUUUGAAGACUGCGGCGACUCCCCCAUGUCCUACACGGACCGCGGCAGCCUGGACAGCGACCAGGGCCAGAGGAAGGCGUGCCGCUUCCACCGCUCGCUGCUCGCCGGCUGCUCCGGAGAGAGCGACCCCCACUACGGCUUCAAGGACGGGAAGCCGUGCAUCAUCGUCAAGCUCAACCGCGUCGUCAACUUCAGACCUAAGGCUCCGGCUAACAACCAGACUCUACCUGAUCCUCUGCAGACCAGAUCUCAGCCCAACCUGAUCCCCAUCUUCUGCAAGAACAAGAGGGACGAGGACGUGGACAAGAUCGGAGAGAUCAAGUACUUCGGCCUGGGCGAGGGCUUCCCCCUGCAGUACUACCCGUACUACGGCAAGCUGCUGCAGCCCCAGUACCUGCAGCCGCUGGUGGCCAUCCAGUUCACCAACCUGACCCGGGACCAGGAGCUCCGCAUCGAGUGCAAGGCCUACGGCGCCAACAUCGGCUACAGCGAGAAGGACCGCUACCAGGGCCGCUUCGACGUGAAGUUCACCAUCACCUCGUGACCUCUCACUGUGACCUCACACAAUGUAGAGAAUAAAGAGAUAAACACCACUAGUCUUUGAACAUUCAUGAUAUACAGGACCUUCAUCUGUGUGCUUUACACUAGCUUCUCUGUGUGUGUGUGUGUGUGUGUGUGUGUGUGUAUGUGUGUGUCCAGGGUUAGGAUGUAAAACAAGAGUAGCAAUAGCAAAUAUUUAUUCUGCUGUACAUGAGUGUUCAUCAUCUAUUACUGUAACUCACUACUGACCUGUAGCUCCUCCCCCUGUAGUCCUGCUGUGAUCUGUGCUUCAGUGGUCCAAGGUGUGUGUGUGUGUGUGUGUGUGUGUGUGUGUGUGUGUGUCGAUGUGCUAACUGAAUACUAGCAUGGUACUCUGACUCCGUCUGUUUCUUCUUCUCUGGUAGCGUAGAGCUUUUGUGGGUCGUCUCCAUGGAGACAAACUCACUAUUGAAUGUUUUAACCAUUUUCAUGGUGGAAUAAUUUUAUAUUUAUGCAGUUGUACAUUUUGUUCAAAGUGUCUGUAUGAAUCAAAAACCAAAAAACUAAAGUUUAAAAACAGGUGAAGCAUCAGAGGCCGUUUCCGUGUAAUGACGUGUAGUCGUGUGUUCAAUGUGAAGAUCAACCCUUUAUUUAAUCUGCAUAAGGCUGAAACAAUAAACAAACAUGAGUCA